AGAAAGAGAGAGAGAGACAGACAGAGAGCGAGAGAGAUCCCUGUGCGAGGCUCCGGUAGCCCCCCCUCGGGAAAACACAAACACCGGAGCCAGAAAUGCCCCACCGCCCAGCUGCGGAUACCCCUUAAUGGACUCAUGUGAUGCUUCUCGAACGCUGUUUUGUGCGUUUUCUCAUUCAGCAAAGAACACUAAGAAGCUGGAGCAAAAUAAGAAGAAUGGGUGCGUUCUUAGACAAGCCAAAGAUGGAGAAGCACAAUGCACAAGGGGAGGGGAACGGCCUGCGCUAUGGACUCAGCAGCAUGCAGGGCUGGCGUGUAGAGAUGGAGGAUGCACACACAGCUGUGAUAGGGCUGCCUUACGGCCUUGGCCUUUGGUCCUUUUUUGCUGUCUAUGAUGGACACGCUGGCUCGCAGGUUGCCCGCUAUUGCUGUGAGCAUCUACUGGAACACAUCACCAGCAACCCGGAUUUUAGAGGAGCCAGUACGGAGACAGGAGGCGGCGAGCCUUCCGUGGAGAGAGUGAAAUGCGGGAUCCGCACCGGUUUCUUACAGAUUGACGAGCACAUGCGGGCCAUGUCUGAACGCAAGCACGGGGCGGACCGCAGCGGAUCCACGGCAGUGGGUGUGUUGGUUUCCCCCAAUCAUUUCUACUUCAUCAACUGUGGCGACUCCAGAGCUUUGCUGAGCCGCAAAGGACGCGUCCACUUCUUCACCCAGGACCACAAGCCGAGCAACCCUCUCGAAAAGGAGCGAAUCCAGAACGCGGGCGGUUCUGUCAUGAUCCAGCGGGUCAACGGAUCUCUUGCCGUCUCUCGAGCUCUUGGGGACUUUGACUACAAGUGUGUGCAUGGGAAAGGGCCCACCGAGCAGCUGGUGUCCCCAGAACCAGAAGUCUAUGAGAUUGAACGUUCAGAGACGGAGGAUGAAUUUGUGAUUCUGGCUUGCGACGGCAUAUGGGACGUUAUGGCAAAUGAAGAACUAUGUGAUUUCGUGCGUUCACGUCUGGAGGUGACGGAAGACCUAGAGAGAGUGUGUAAUGAGAUUGUCGACACUUGUUUGUACAAGGGUAGUCGUGACAACAUGAGUGUGGUUUUGGUAUGUUUUCCUGGUGCACCGAAAAUCAACCCAGAAGCCGUGAAGAAAGAGGCGGAGCUAGAUAAGUACCUGCAGAACAGAGAAGGCGGAGCAUGUAAAAAAGCUAAUAAAUAAAAUAUAUUACAAAGCUAAAGAGAGAAUUAGAGAUGCUGAGUAUUCUUACUCAAAUAGAAGAGCUUGUUAGAUGGCAGUUUACACUUGCCGAACAAACAUACGUUAGAGUUAACGUAAAGUUUUCAAUUAACGAAUCCCCAUAUUGGAGAGGAAAGACUCGCUGGUACUGUAUUAGCACAGUUAGGACUAUUCUGCAGUCUAAAGAAUUACACAAAUCUGAGCUUAUACUGACAGUUAGAGGCCUUUGAUUAUUUAUUGCGAAAAGCACUUACACAAUUUACAUAUAACCUGUAGCUUUACCAGAGGUUUUAUUUAAGUGCAUCCCAAAAUCUAGCGCUCCAGUGCAUACUGUACGUCAACGUUGAUGUAUUAAGUUAUGUUAAGCGCAGUCGUAGAUUAGGACUGUAGAAUGCCGAAAACCCAAUAUUUGGUUGUGCACUUUUUCAUUAAAAGCUGCUAUACGUAGAGGCAUCUUCUAUUAAAAGAGCAGAGACCAAAUUGAGAUCUUCGAAUAGAACAUUUUUAGUGUUAUGCGUACUGUUUGCGUCAGUUUGGCUUCGGAUAGUCAUCAACUCAUACAAGCAUGUGUUUAAGUCUGCCUCUCUUUCAUUAGCAUCUUUCUGAAAAUAUCGCUGUCAUCAUAAAUGAGUGUGAAUGUCAGCACUCCACUGCUGGUUAUCUGAAAUUAUAGCGGACACUCUGUUUAUGUACACGGCCUGAUGAUGCAGUUGGCUGUUGCCAUGAGGAUUUUUCUCUGCAUGAUUCCUGCUCUGUAGCCGUAUUAUGAAACAUUGUUGCCUUAGUCCUAAUUUACAGCGACUACCCUCAUUAGAAUUGAUAGGCUAGCACUUAGCACUCAACCCCAACUUAGAAGAGUAAAAUUGAAUCCAUGGUACUCGAGCAUGCACUGUACCGAAAGCACGAAAAGUUUGGAGACCUCCUGCAUGUGCGCUACAUUUAAAUAAACAGGGAUUAUUUCGAGUUAAAGUUUUAUACUUUGUCAAAAAAUUUGUACUGGACACAUUUAUUACCCUAAGGAAAUAGCUUCAGACUGAACUAAACCCAGUAUUUGAAAGAUGGUGUUGAUGUUUUACAAUGCUUUCAGAGUUGUUUACUACUUGUUGCCUCAAACUGACAAUUUGUCAAACCUCUGGUUUGUCUAUGUCACUACGAAGAAAUUCACUACAUUUUUGGUGCAUAUUGGGAUUUAGGCAGUCAGCACUUUUUAUGAAACAUCGAUGGUACAAUAAUUGUACAUUGCACUUGAUGUAUUGUAUGUCUGUAAAACCCAACAAAAUUUGGCAGAGGGUUUGCUUUUCCUAGACUCUUGUACUUUGAAAGUGUUGCAUUGGUUUUCAUAUUUUUGCACCCUUUAGAUUUGGUCCUUUGUAAAAGGAGAAAUUGAUUUAUUUGUCUGCAUUGUUAAACGGUGGGCAAGUCUUAUUUUAAACGUAUCCAAAUUUGCCCUUAGCUCCCAUAACUUCCUCCUAGCAUGUUUUAGCUUUAAGAUGUGUUAAACUGAAUGGAAAUCAGUGUGCCUGCUCUAAAGAGUGAACUCUUGAGAUUAAAGUGAUUGUAGGUCACUUCAGUACCAUAUCAAUUUCAUUUUGCUUGGGUUUGCUGUUGGGUCUCCUCACUGUUUGAUGUAUUUAGUAUAUAAAAAAAGAAUCCACUGUUUAUCAUAUUAGCCUUAAUUUUUUUCUUCCACAAUAACACAUUUGACAUUUGUGUAACUUACAAGACAUAUUGUGAUUAUAUACCUAUACAAAGAGCCUUUAAGUGUGCCUAUAAUUGUGAUUUUAUGGCCAACUGUAGCAUUUAACUUGACUUCAGUAGGGGUGUAACGAUAAAUCGUGCGAUUUGCUUGCUUUGCUUCUCAAUGGAUUACAGUGAAAUGCCGCUACAUCCAAAAGCCAGAGGGCACACUCGUGCAAAAACUCAAUAUGCGCCGCAGAGGUAGUAGCAUUUACACACACAUAUCAUACGUCAAGCAUAUUCAUAUCGCUGUUCUUCAAACCCCUUAUGUGUAUAAUGAUUAUUAUUUUUUAUUAUUUCAAAUGCAUGUUAUAAGCGACUCAAACUCGCAGUGAUUUUAACCCUGGAGAACCCAAGAACCACUUUCUUAGCAGCAAUAGGCUUUAUGCACUACUUCCUGAACUUCAGCCAGCUCCUUGUUUCCUGUCUGCCAUUAUUGGACAAACUGAUUAAUCCAGGUGUGCCUGACCUCAGUAGUCACAACAAAAAUAAUCCGACACACCUGGAUUAAUCAGCUUGUCCAAUAAUGGCAGACAGGAAACAAGGAGCUGGCUGAAGUACAGGAAGUAGUGCCGCUGGGCAUAAAGCCUAUUAAAUUUGACCCAUGGGUCUUCUCCAGGGUUAAAUUGAUAAGGACUUCCUAUUGAUCAAAGAGCCGUAGUACAUGAAAGAGCUGUGCAUAAAAUCACCUUUGCGAUUCAGAAUCGGUGUGUCGCGAUUUAUCAUUACACCCUUACUUUUAACUCAUCCAAAGUUUUGUUUGUUGAUUGUUUGUAUAUGAUUUAAAGCCUAACUUUGUCAGGCAAUAGACAAGCACACUCGGCCCAGGCAUGGUUACUUUAACCGUUCACCUAAAAUGAUCACGCAUAAAGCACAACCCGAACCCCCCAUAAGUCAACCAUGGGGUGGAAAUAUUGCCUUAUUGAAUAAUAAGGCAGGAAUUAUCUGCUUUAUAUAGGACGUUGCCUUGUUUUAUGUAGUUGCCUGGAAACACUGUAGCACCGUUGAAUUGGGAUAAGCUUCUUUAGGGUAAGAAUAGAAAACAUGUCAACUACAAAUCUGUCCUAGCAAAUUAUGACUGAAAUUAUUGGCUUGUCUGUAAAUAAAGUAGGCCUUUAUAAAACAACUUUGAUGUAUUUUUUGGAGUGUUCAUCUUGGGCGAAAUUGAGCCCUUGUAUUGUUAUAUAAUUGUGCCGUUAGUCCCUACAUUUAGUUCACUUUUGUCUUUACCUCUCAGGUCCAAACUGACAAGCAACAGAGGACACAAUAUUUAUUUAAAUAAUUUAUUUGUCUUUAUAAUGUUUUAUCUCUAUGGAAUGAAACAGUCCAUGCAUUCCAUUUUAUUUAGCCAAAUAAGCACUACUAAUGCAAUGAGAAAAGCUUGUCUUCUUUUCUCUUUGUAUUUAUUGUUAUCUGUGAGUUAUACAACCAUGUCAUUAUUGGUCCAUUUGACGUAAACGUUUUGCAUAGUUGCUUCACUGUACCGUUCAAAGUCAACCACCUCUCACUAUUCUAUCAGAGUUGAUUGGUCUAAGGUUGAUGAUGUGUAAGGGUUACAGUCUUUGAUCGGUCCUUUCUUAUCCCAGCAGACUGUUUGUGUCUGUAUUUGUUCGAUUUUACCUCUCAGAAGGUAACUGUUUUAUAAAGCUCGUUUUGAAAAAUUUUUCAAAAACUGUUUCAUAGAAUCGUAUUUCAAUAUUAAGAGGGUGAGCCCCCAGUAUUUUCUUUCUUUAGUUUUAUUUUUGUACAUUAGCACCCAGGUAUUAGCAAUGUAGACAAACUGUGAUCUUGUUAUUCUUGGCUGUCAAAGAUGUUUCAAAUAAAAUUAUUUACGGAAA